UCUUUUGGAGCCAAGGCAAAACUUAACCGCAGUGGUGCUCAGAGAGAAGUCGCGAUGCAGCAUCCUCCACGCCUGCUGGUGGUUGCUACAGUGCUCUUCUGUGGGGCCAUGCUACCUUCUCUGGAAGCGCAAAGACCUCAUGGGAGAGUGUGUGCGGAGGGGUCUGUGCGACUGGUAAACGGAACGACACCUCGUGAGGGCAGAGUGGAGGUGUGUCAGGACGGAGUCUGGGGGACAGUGUGUGACGACAAUUGGGGACCGCCUGACGCCAGAGUAGUGUGCAGACAGCUCGGCUUUGCAGCAGAUGGUGCGAGGGCAGCCUUUGGAGGUAUAUUCUCGCCUGGCGUUGGCUCAAUCCACCUGGACGACGUGGCCUGCAACGGAGACGAAGGAGCAUCUCCAACUGUACCAGCUCCACCACUGAACUGCCGCCACUUUGAGGACGCCGGCGUCUUUUGUGAAGAGGUUGGGUUCAGCUGCAACGAUGGAGACGUUCGUCUGGUGGGCGGAGACAACCAAUAUGGGGGAAGAGUGGAAUACUGUUUCGGGAACUCGUUUGGAACAAUUUGUGACGAUACCACGUGGGACGACAAUGACGCUCAGGUGGUGUGCAACCAACUGGGCUUUACACCAACUCCAAGUGGCAGAGCGAUAUCAAUAGCUGGAGGUAACUUUGGCCGUGGGUCUGGAGAGAUCCACCUGGCCGGACUGGAUUGCACGGGCGACGAGCCCUCCCUCUCCAACUGCACCAUCGCCCUGACCUUCUUCUCAAUUUUCUGCAGUCACUCCUUCGAUGUUGGAGUCCUGUGUCCACCUCCUAAUGCUACAUGUACGAAUGGUGACAUUCGCCUGGUCAACGGGAGGAUUGGGAGUGAAGGUCGCGUCGAAGUGUGCUACAAUGACCACUGGGGGACCGUCUGCCAUGACGGCUGGGGACCACUUGAGGCACAGGUCGUCUGCCGAGAACUCAACUACCCCAGUGAAGGUGCAAUUCCGAUCACAUUCAGUGACUUUGGAGGGGGGGAUGGUCUCAUUCUACUGGCUAACGUCAACUGUUCUGGAACUGAAGCCAACCUGGCGGAGUGUCCUCACGUAGGGAUCGCACAGUUCUUCUGCUCCCACGACGAAGAUUCUGGUGUCGUGUGCCCUGAUGAAGAGAAUGCGUGUGAGUCUGGAGCAGUGAGACUGGUGGGUGGAGAGACGUUCAACGAAGGGAGACUGGAAGUUUGUUUCCUCGGUCACUGGGGUACCGUGUGUGACGACGAAUUUGACAACGUGGACGCAGCCGUAGUCUGCGGACAACUGGGCCUCCAAUCAGAAGGAGCCAUCGCGUUACCUCUGGCUCUGUACGGGGGUGGAGUUGGAGUGAUAUUCCUGGACGACGUGGAUUGCCUGGGAAACGAGACGAGACUGGAGGACUGUUUCUAUCCGGGGGAGAUUGGAGAGAGCAACUGUCUUCACGUCGAGGACGCCAGCAUCCUCUGUCCCUCCAACGAGACUAAAGUGUGUGACAACGGAGACGUCCGUCUGGUGGGUGGGAGCGGAAACUACUCGGGGAGAGUUGAGGUGUGUUUCAACAACGCCUGGGGCACAGUGUGUGACGAUGACUGGGACACCGGAGAUGCCGAGGUCGUCUGCAAACAACUGGGCUUCGACCCGAUGGGCUCUCUGGCUCUGCGCAAUGCGUUCUUUGGACAAGGUACUGGUGCCAUAUUCCUGGACGAUGCCAACUGCAGCCCACAGAACCAUUCUACUCUCAUCGAAUGUUUCGCUUCCAUUGAUGCGUCUGUUGGAGACCACGACUGUCAGCACAGGGAGGACGCCUCUGUCGUCUGCUCCUCAGAUUGCGAAGACUGUAACUGUACCAACGGAGACCUCCGUCUGAGGGGAGGUGCCACUGAGUUGGAGGGUCGAGUGGAGGUCUGCAUCAAUGGAGUGUGGGGAACAAUCUGUCGGAACUUCUGGGACGGCCCCGAUGCUGCAGUCGUCUGCAAACAACUCGGAUUAGCUCAAACAGAUGCAGCUGCAGUGACUGACGGUAGGUUUGGCGCCGGGACCGGAGUCAUCUUGUGGAACAAUUUCCUCUGCCGAGGGACGGAGGAGGCACUGCUGGAGUGCUACCACGAGAGACCUCAGAAUGGAACCUGCUCUCACCUGCAAGAUGUCGGAGUCCGCUGCUCACGGUUUGUAUGUAAUAAUGGUGAUAUCAGACUUGCUGAUGGACCCUACGAUUCGGACGGGAGACUGGAGAUCUGUUUCGACCAGCGCUACGGCGCAAUCUGUGACAAUGGAUUUGGUUCAACUGAAGCAGCAAUUGCAUGCAGACAACUGGGGUACAAUGACGGCCAGGGAGCUAUUGCUCUGCCCAACGGUUUCUUUGGAUUUGGCCCUCCCAUCACGACGUCUCGUGUCAGCUGCACAGCACGGAGUCAACACUCACAGAAUGCAUCUACAACGCCAACCGUUUCUGUUUCCCCACCGAAGUUGUGUCCGUCCUGUGCCAAUCAAGCAACGCCAGUUGCACCAAUGGAGAUAUCCGACUGGCUGGCAGUACUGAUCCACACGAAGGGAGAGUGGAGGUGUGUUUCAACAGCCACUGGGGCAGCGUCUGUCAGAUCGGUUGGACCAAUAUCGACGCCCUCACAGUGUGCUCCAUAGUUGGAUACAACGAGACCAAGUGUAAGGAUCAUAUACAUACACUACAUACACACACACAUACAU